CGGGGAUUUGCCAACUGAAACCUUGAUGGCCUCUGUAUCAAAAGCUGCAGUUGCCCAUUGUCGAACAAUCAAAUCAGCUCAAAUCUGGCAAACCCACACGACCAAUAACUUGAUUAACGUCUACGCAAGAUGCCGAGAUAUAGUAGCUGCUCUCAAGCUGUUCGAUGAAAUGCCCCUUAGAGACACCGCUUCUUGGAACACCAUGAUUGCUGGCUACGUGAACUCUGGGAAUAUCCAGAGUGCUUGGGAUUUCUUGAAGUCCAUGAAGCAACAUGGUCUUCUGUUUGAUGGCUACACUUAUGGGAGCAUACUUAAAGGUGUUGCCACUAAUGCUUACCUUUCGUUUGGGCUACUGGUGCAUGCCGAUGUUGUUAAGAUGGGGUACGAUGAUAAUGUUUAUUGUGCAAGUGCUCUGGUAGACAUGUAUGCCAAAUGUGGCAGAAUGGAGGAUGCUAGUAAAGCGUUCCUUCAUAUGCCUGAACGCAACACCGUUUCGUGGAAUGCUUUAAUAGCAGGAUAUGCGGAGACUGGUGACUGUAUGAAUUGUUUUAAGUUGAUGGAAAGAAUGGGGAGAGAGGGUGUGCAAAUUGAUGAUGGAACAUUCUGUCCUCUUUUGACAUUGCUAGAUGAUCAGGAUUUAUACAAGCUUGCAAUGCAGCUCCAUGCAAAAAUUAUAAAAAUUGGAUUGGAUUUUGAAAACACAGUUUCUAAUGCUCUACUUAGCGCAUACUCAAACUGCGGAAGCAUCCAGAAUGCUGAAAAGGUGUUUGAUGGGGCUGACAGUUGUCGAGAUCUGAUCACUUGGAAUUCAAUGUUAGCAGCUUACAUAGAAUAUGAUAAAGAGAUGGAUGCAUAUAAACUAUUCUUGGAUAUGGGAAGGCUGGGCAUGGAGCCAGAUAUAUAUACUUUUACUAGUAUAAUAAGUGCCAGUUGUGAAAUUAAUAGAAAAUGGCAGGUAAAGUCCUUGCAUGCUUUGGUUAUCAAGAGGGGACUGGAAAAUGUAACAAGCGUAUCUAAUGCAUUAAUUUCCACGUAUCUAAAAUCCGAUGCCAGUUAUAUGGAUGAUGCAAUGAAAGUUUUUGAGUUUUUGGGUGUGAAAGAUUCUGUUUCGUGGAAUACAAUUUUAACAGGAAUGUCCCAAAAUUCUUUAAGUGAAACCUCCUUCAAGAUUUUUGAGGAAAUGAGGUCCCACAACAUAGAGAUGGAUCAAUAUACCUUUGCCGCUGUCCUUCGAUCUUGCUCAGAUUUGUCAAUAUUUCGAUUGGGUCAAGAAAUUCAUUCCUUGACACUAAAAACAGGAGUCUUUGUAUAUGAAUAUGUGACUGGUGGAUUAAUAUUCAUGUAUUCCAAGUGUGGACACAUUGAGGAUGCAUGGAAAACCUUCGAGGAAUCACCAAAGGAGAGUUCAAUCACUUGGAACUCAAUUAUGUUUGCAUAUGCGCAACAUGGAAUGGGUGAAGUUGCACUUGAUCUUUUCUCUUCAAUGAUAGAUAGAAUUGUCAGUCCAGAUCAUGUGACCUUCAUUGCUGUUCUGACCGCAUGUAGCCACAUAGGUUUGGUGGAAGAAGGUCAAAAUUUUCUGAACUCCAUGGAAUCCAAUUAUGGGAUCCCACCAAGAAUGGAGCAUUAUGCUUGUGCAGUAGAUUUACUUGGGCGGGCCGGGCAUCUUGAGAAGGCAAAGGAGCUUAUUCGAGGGAUGCCGUUCCAACCUGAUUCAAUGGUUUUGAAAACAUUACUUGGAGCUUGCCGAACAUGUGGUGACAUUGAACUAGCCACUGAGGUAGCACAUUGUUUAUUGGAAUUGGAUCCUGGAGAACACUGUAUAUAUGUUUUGCUCACUGAUUUGUUUGGAAAACUAAAGCUUUGGGAUGAAAUAGCUAGUGUAAAGAGGUUGAUGAGAGAGAAGGGAGUCAAGAAAGUUCCUGGUAGGAGUUGGAUAGAAGUCAAUAAUGAGGUGCAUGCUUUUAUUGCAAAAGACCAUUCACACCCCGACUGUAUGCAGAUAUAUGAGUUCCUGGGUAUAUUAAGUGAUGAAAUCAAAUUGUUUGAAAAUGGUUGUGACUUGUGAGGUUGCUGUGGUGCACAUUGAUAUGCUAUGCUGAAGAUUAUGAAUAAAGUCUAUCCUAUACAUCUUCAAGAGAUUUUAUAGGAAAAAGGAUGUCAGUCCUGCUGAUAUGCAUUCAUCUUUUCGUCCAGAAAAUAUUCUCCUGCACAAAGAGGGACUGACGCUGGCCUGGUUUUAUUGAAAUAAAUAUACAUUGGAUACAAGUGCGAUAUACUCAGAGGCGUGAUUGGGUUGAGGAUGUCUGCUGUGUGCAGGUCUGUUUCUACAGUGGAGCAUGCCUCAUUGAAGAUGUUCAGCAUUAUGGCAAAAAGAUAACUUACACUGUUGGAAGGGACCCACAGUACACUCGGAGUAUUGGUUCAGAAUCUCCACCUUGAAUUACUGCCCCUGUUAUU